AUGGAAGCAAAAUAUAUAGGGCUAUGUGCUAUGUUUCUUGGAAUUGAUGUAGUAGCCCAUUAUACCGGAACUCCAAAAGACGAAGUCCAAGCAUUUAAAACACUUGUGAGCUAUGAAAAUCUCUCAUUUUUUGAUGAGCUUAGAACAUCUGUACUUGAUGUAGUAGGCCGAGUAGGAUUACAGCAUGCAUCAGAAAUUCUUUCUAUACCCCUUAAAACUUUAGCUCUAAUCAAUGAUAGCUCUCGUUAUGGAAUGAGUGCCAUCAAGCCAGAGCUCUCGCCCCGUUCCAAAAAUCUAAAUCUUAUCAGAAAUGAAAGGCUUGAAAUGAAGCGAAGUCUAACUAAAAAAGCAAAUAUAAAACAGAAAUCUUAUGAAAAUCCUGUCACUGAUCUCCAUGAUAUUGAUGAAUUAAAACAAAGGGUUGCCAGGCUUUACAAUAAUGGGGUAAAUAUAAGAGUUAUCCAAUCACUUUAUGAUUUAAGAAAUGGCGGAAUUAUUCACUGUUGGGGAGGCUGGGAAAGAUCCCCUUCAUUCUAUGCAAGGGCUGACGAGCUAAAACAGCAAAUUAUUGCGAUGAGGGCAGGCGGAAUUCGUGACGAUGAAAUCUGCAAGAAUUUAAAAAUAAAGAAAAAUCACUUGAGUGAAAUAAUGGGAGAAAUUAACAGGCGAAAACUGAUUUUUAUGAAAAAAGAUAUUAAAAAUGUACUUAUGGAGUAUGCUACUAAAAGGAGAAAAGAUAAAUUAGCAAAAUAUCAUGGGAUAUCAAAAAAACAAAUAAAUUAUUGGCUUGACAGAUGUGAGAAAAAGCAGCUUGAUACAGUUUAUGACCUUGGAAUAAUGGGCCCUAUUGAGAUUUUAAACGCACUGGAGACUUAUUAUAUUUGCGAAAAGCUUGAUUUGGCAGCAAAAGAGCUUGGAAUUGAUGAAAAUGUUUUGGAAAGAAUAGUCCAAAAAUUUGAAGAGAAAAUGGACGAUUAUUAUGGGGAAAAUAGUAUCAGAACAAAUUGGAAUAAAAAGUAUGAUAUUAUUUGGUGCAAAGAAAUAGGAAAAUAUUAUAUAUCGAGAGAUGGAGAUGUUAAAAAGAAGCAGAAGAUAAUAGAAUAA